GGUAUUUUUUCAGAGUCUCGGCAAGGUCAUACACCUCUUCAAGGAAGAUCAUACUAUCAAAUGACGGAAUGCCUAGGGCUUAUCAAAAUCCUUUCUCCAAUGCGAGCCAAUCCAGAUCGUGUUGUGAAGUGGUUACCCAGCCGCAGCACAAUCACUGCUGCCCGAAUUGCAUCAGAGAAAUUGCUCAGGAGAGUCGGAGCUGGAUCGAACAAUCUUUUGGCUACAUGCUCCAUAAUCAAGAAGCAACAGAAAGGAAAUGAUGUAGACAUCUCAAACCUUCGAAAAGCAGCUGUUGAACAUCACAAAUGUGUAAAAGGCACUACAAUGAUUCCAUUGGAGCACAAUCCAGGACAUGGUCAACUCUGCACAGUUCCCAACAAGUUGAUGGUCAGAAAACUGAACUAACGUGACUUCAUUAGACCAGAUUUCAGGGGGUCAUGCUGUGAAAAAACCUUGCAUUCUUUGGGAAGAUGGUCUGCUAUCUUUUUCUUUUGGUGCAUUUUUUACCACUCCACUGUCUUCAGAAUUUGCCCUCUCACCUGAAUGUUUCCCUGAAAGUUGGCUCAAGUCUUGUUGACGAGGCACGUGCAAGGUUAAGGUGGCUAUUACCAAGUUAUACGGUAGAGUUCUCUUUUUAUUGAUGUAAUUCUUUCAGCGGCUUGUGUGGGACUAAGAUUGUUUCGUUAGUUUAGCCAUUUCAAAUGUAUAUCAGCAACUGGUUCUCCUCUUGUGUUGUUGGUUUUAGCAUGAAAUGAAGAAAUCAAGCAGUGAUUGGCAUUAGUUAUGGAUUAGAAAUUUAGGAUCUUUGUCCAUUCAAUUGAUGGUGUCAAUCUGC